AUGCCUGCUCCAUCGAUGGCGCUGAAUUGGAAAAAGCUUGCAUGGACGGCAGCCUUGCUGCUGGGUGAGACAGUCCUGGGUCUCACCCCUGCAGAAUGGCGCAGUCAGUCCAUCUAUUUCCUGUUGACCGACCGAUUUGGUCGUAGUGACAACUCCACUACCGCCGCGUGCAACGUUAGCGACAGGACAUACUGUGGAGGCUCCUGGCAAGGAAUCAUCAAUCAUCUGGAUUAUAUCCAGGGAAUGGGAUUCACUGCUAUUUGGAUCACCCCGGUCACAGAACAACUUCCUCAAGAUACUGGCGAUGGUGAAGCCUACCAUGGAUACUGGCAGCAGAACAUAUACGAGGUUGACGCGCACUUGGGCACAGCUGCCGAUCUGUUGGCCUUGUCAAAGGCAUUGCAUGCCCGCGGCAUGUAUCUCAUGGUAGACGUUGUGGCCAACCAUAUGGGCUAUGCUGGAGCUGGCACUAGCGUUGACUACAGCGUCUUGAAUCCAUUCUCCUCGUCGUCAUAUUUCCACUCUUACUGUCUCAUCAGUAAUUAUGAUAACCAGACGAAUGUCGAGGAUUGUUGGUUAGGAGACACCACUGUAUCACUUCCAGACUUGGACACAACAGAAACAGCAGUGCAGACUCUAUGGUAUGAUUGGAUCGGAGGCCUUGUAUCAAACUACUCCAUUGAUGGGUUACGCAUUGACACGGUGAAGCACGUCCAGAAGUCCUUCUGGCCUGGCUAUAAUGACGCUGCAGGUGUCUAUUGUGUCGGUGAAGUCUUUGACGGAGACCCAGUUUACACUUGCGACUACCAAAACUAUGUGGAUGGUCUUUUGAACUACCCUAUUUAUUAUCAACUACUGUACGCAUUCGAGUCCUCUAGUGGCAGUAUCAGCGACUUGUACAACAUGAUCAACUCUGUUAAAUCUGACUGCGCUGAUUCGACGUUGCUGGGGAAUUUCAUUGAGAACCACGACAACCCACGAUUUGCCAGCUAUACAAGUGACUACUCGCAAGCAAAGAAUGUCAUCUCGUUCUUGUUCUUAUCAGACGGCAUUCCCAUUAUCUACGCUGGUCAAGAACAGCACUACAGCGGUGCAGCCGAUCCUGCGAACCGCGAGGCGACUUGGCUGUCAGGAUACUCCACGACCACUCAGCUGUACCAGUACAUUGCGACCACCAACAAGAUCAGAAAGGCCGCUGUAUCGGCAGACUCCACCUAUAUCACUACAAAGAACGUACCGUUCUACCAAGACAGUCAUACCCUAGCCAUGAAGAAAGGUUCCAGCACUGCACCCGUGAUCACAGUGUUAUCCAACUAUGGAUCAUCAGGAAGUGCAUACACAUUGUCCUUGACUGGAAGCGGAUACACAUCCGGCACCAAGCUAAUGGAGAUGUACACAUGUACCUCCGUGACAGUUGACUCCAGCGGAAACAUCGCAGUCCCAAUGACAUCCGGUCUACCGCGCGUGCUCAUGCUGGCUUCUUCAGUCGGUAGUCUCUGCUCGUCCGGCACUACGACAACGACUGCAACCGCGGCAGCCCAAACCACGACGUCGACUACAACUGGUACGAGCUGUACACAGGCCACAGCCCUGCCUGUCCUGUUCAAGGAGCUUGUUACUACCACUUACGGCCAGAAUGUGUAUAUCUCUGGCUCUAUCAGUCAACUUGGAAGCUGGGACACUAGCAGUGCUGUUGCGUUGUCGGCAAGUAGUUACACUUCUUCUAACCCUCUCUGGCAGGUUGCGAUUACGCUUCCUGUUGGCACGUCUUUCACGUAUAAGUUUAUUGAGAAGACGACUGGGUCGACUACAAUCACGUGGGAAAGUGAUCCGAAUCGGUCGUAUACUGUGCCAACUGGAUGUGUUGGUACGACUGCUACGGCUUCUGCUACAUGGCGAUAG